UUACAUAGAUCCAUUUUGAAUUUUAUACUCCCUAAUUUUCUCAAUAUUAACAAGUUUUAGUUAUUCAUUUAAUUCUUUUUACAAUUCAAGAAAAUUAUCAGUAUUUUAUUUUAUAUCCAUCUAGAUUUUCAAUUUUUUUUCUCUCUUACAGUUGAAUUUUGAGCUGAAAUCAGUUGACCGGACAUCAUAGUAUAGCCCCGAAAUAAACGGUUACAGAUCGCACCUCGAUUUCUGCAAACAUGAAAUAAGCCAUCAUCUACAAAACCCUACAAAAUCUCCAAUUUCAUCAAAAGAUAUGAUCUUUGCCUCGACAAAUUCAUAUUGUCGAGGUAUUUGAUUCGAUUGAGAAGUAAAAGGUAGCAUCUGCUAUGCGCGGGGUAUUUUUGAUGGAAAUUGUUGUAAAUUUGUGACUCAUUGAUCUUGGAGAUGAGGGGUUUCUUCGUAAUUGUAUUCUUUUUAGCAAUCGUCUUUAUAGUUGUUGUAUAUGGAGCUUCAUCAAAUUCUGAAAGAUCCGACCCGGAGGUUGAGGUCAUACCUAGCUCUGAAGUUCCUUCUUCCAGUUCUCUAUUGCCUCUCAAACCUAAACGUGACACAGCAAUUGUAGCUGCUCCAGAUGGCAUGGUAUACCUACUGGAUCUAAAAUCAGGAAAAGAUAUCUGGGCAUUUAGGUCGGGGCCAUCUAUUUAUUCUUCAUAUCAGGCUCUCUCUGAUUAUCAAGGUGAUAGUAACAAUGUUACCAUAGAGGAUGAUAACUUCUAUAUAGAUUGUGGAGAAGAUUGGAAAUUAUACAUGCAUGGGAAUGGCUUCGAAAAAGUGGCGCUGCCAUUCAGUGUGGAAGAAUUUCUAAAACAAACUCCAUAUGUCUCAAAUAGUGGAAUCAUGUUGGGAUCAAAGAAGACCACUGUAUUUAUUGUUGAUGCUAAAACCGGGAAACAUAUCCAUACAUUUAGGUCAGAUGUGUUUCCUUUAGAAGGCGACACAGAUAUUGGACAAAAUCCAAUUGUACCAAGGGAGGAUGUUGAAGGAUGGGCAGCAGCGCAAGAUACAGACUCAGAAGCUGUACAUCCACUCUACAUUAUGAGAACAGAUUAUGCUCUGAAAUAUACUUCUUCAAAGACUGGAAAGGUUUUAUGGUACCUAAUGGUUGCUGAUUUUGAGGCUUCACAGCAAUGUAAAAAAAUUGAGAGUUUUCUUGGUGAUAUUUCUGAUCUAGAGGAUCAAUUGAAUUCUGGAUAUGGAGUUUGUCCUACAAAGCCGGUUGUCCACCGAGUCAGGAAUCUUAGAUCAUUAGAAUCACUUUUUGCAUCUGGUAGGCCACGUAAUGCUCUUUCUGGAGAUGUCAAUCCUGCAUUAAAACCUGUUUCUGAAUUAGUGGAAUUACCUCCAAAUGAAAGAUCUGCAUUAUAUCAAUCACUUUUUGCAUCUGAUAGGCCACAGAAUGCAGAUGUGGUGCUUUCAACUAGUAUCACUCCUGCCUUGAAACCAGCUUCUGAAUUAGUGGUAUCACAUCCAAACAAAAGAACUGAUAUAAUGCAUUCUUUUCGUCCAUCUGUGACUGAAGAAUUUAGGCUCAUGCCUCUGCAGAGUGGAGAUAAUUGUCAUAUAAAUACAGACACGAAAUCUGAUGCUAACUGGAAUUCUGUUGUACUAAAUACUUUCAUGCUGCUCAUUGCAGCUUUCUCUUUUACUUAUACUAUGCUGCGGAAAAGGCGGAAGUCGCACAAGCAGGCGACAGAUCCCAAAUUGCAAGCUGUAGCCUCAAAAAAGAAGAAAUCUCGAAAGUCAGGUUUCAGCAAGAGCAGUACCCAUAAUGAGAAGAAUAAGAAAAAUAGUCAAUAUGAUGACACUGGAGUAAGCGGUGUCGUUGCUGACACUGGAAAGAGUGAGAAGGUUUUGGAGCUGAAUUUAUGCAAGUAUGAUAGUCUUGUAUAUCAUCGGAAGAUUGGUAAGUUGCUGGUUUCGAACACUGAAAUAGCUAAGGGGAGCAAUGGCACUAUCGUACUCGAGGGAAUCUAUGAUGGUCGUCCCGUAGCUGUUAAACGUCUCGUCCAGACCCAUCAUGAAGUGGCUUUGAAAGAAAUUCAAAAUCUUAUCGCCUCUGAUCAACACCCAAAUAUUGUUCGUUGGUAUGGGGUGGAGUAUGAUCAGGAUUUUGUUUACCUGGCUCUUGAGCGUUGCACUUGUAGCUUAUAUGAGUUUAUAUCAUCAGUCUCCAACUCCUACCAAAAGCAGUUUUCUGGUUAUGACCAGGAUGCCGGUUGUUUAAGUGAAUGCACUGUAAAAUUUCAGUGGAAAUCAGGAGACAAGGAUGACUUCCCGUUAUGGAAGCCCAGUGGAUAUCCUUCAGCUCACAUGUUAAAAUUGAUGAGAGAUAUGGUUCAUGGCCUUGCUCAUUUGCAUGAACUGGGAAUUGUGCACCGGGACUUGAAGCCUCAGAAUGUUCUUAUAGUAAAAGAGAGAUCUGUUAGUGCCAAGCUUUCAGAUAUGGGUAUCAGCAAGCACCUUGCAGGGGACAUGUCUUCAUUAACCAAAAAUUCCACUGGCUCUGGGAGUUCAGGUUGGCAAGCACCUGAGCAACUUCGUCAUGAACGGCAGACCCGUGCUGUGGAUAUAUUCAGUUUAGGUUGUGUACUAUUUUUCUGCAUAACUGGGGGAAAACAUCCAUACGGGGAUAGUUUUGAACGUGAUGUAAAUAUAGUUAACAAUCAAAAAGAUUUAUUCCUUAUAGAGAAUAUUCCAGAGGCAGCAGAUCUCAUCAGUGCACUCCUACAUCCGAAUCCAGAGCUGAGGCCAAAGGCAGUGGAGGUAUUGCAUCAUCCCUUCUUUUGGAACUCUGAGAUGCGGCUCUCAUUCCUCCGAGAUGCCAGUGAUAGAGUAGAAUUAGAGGAUAGAGAGGAUGGAUCUGAACUUUUGGAAGCAUUGGAAAGUGUCAAGACCGUGGCAUUGGGCGGUCUGUGGAAUGAUAAAAUGGACAGUGCAUUUAUCAAUGACAUUGGUCGUUACAGGCGUUAUAAAUAUGAUAGUGUCCGCGAUUUGUUGCGUGUUAUCAGAAAUAAGUUAAACCAUUACAGAGAACUUUCAAAGGAAAUACAGGAACUUCUUGGACCAGUUCCUGAAGGAUUUGAGAGCUAUUUCUCUACCAGGUUUGCUAGACUUGUAAUUGAGGUCUAUAAAGUAUUUCAUACAUAUUGUUUAGAAGAAGAUAUCUUUCGAAAAUACUUCAGAGGCAGUCAAAUUUAGCCAAUGCUAGCGAUGUUUUAAACCUUUGUACAUACUGUAAUUUGUAAUAUAUAAUCAUGUAUAGUUGACAAAACAUAUGUUUGUAAAUGUUGACCUCUUCAACUACACUGAUCAUGUUCUUUCUGUU